AUGCCCGACGGCCACCGAUCCCUCGAGGCGAACAGAUUGGAAAUAGUCCUCAUUGCGGCGGGAAUUUUGGUUCUGGUAUCAGUCUUGGGAAUUUUGAUUCUCUUGGGUGUUGGUCUCAGGCCUCCCGCGGCAGCCCAGGAUACCGAGAAUGGACAACGCUGGACGGCCUGGGGAGGCGCAUACAACGAGCCACAAGACCGUGGACCGAUAGAACCCUACCAUGACUGCGACAAUACAUUCAUCAGCAGCGUUCGACGCGGGAGUCGGUCCCUGGCGGAAGAAUUCAAGCAGGAGCUAAGAAACCUGCACUUCAGUUUCACUUCCCCUGGGCAGCAGCAAAACGACUCCAGCAUCUCUGAUCAGCUACAAAGGUUCAGCAUGGACAGUACACUGGUCCCAUCAGGGGAUAGCUCUGACCAAGACACUGCCUGUGGCAGUUGUUGCGAGUUGAUUGACUCUCCCCUGUCGGCAACGGGACGGGAGGAUGAGUUAGGUGGACCACGAAUGAGAAUCAGCCGGACCGCGGAAAAUGCGACGAGCAGUGACUUAGAGGCCCAGCAUUGA